AUGGCGAUCCAAUUGGAGAACUUGGUGGAGUCGAUCAAGUCGAAGGUGAGAUCACUGAAGAAGUCGAAGAAGAAGCCCUACGUAAGGAUGGACAAGAGCGCGAGCGUAAAGUCGAGAUCCGCAGCCGCCAGGCCCGCAAGCUCAUCGAUAAUACGCGCAAGGCAAGGCCGCCGAUCAGCCCGGCAAGCGCAGUAUUUUCUAAUUCAAUUUCAUUUUCCAGUUUUCUCUCCCUAG